UGAUAAACCCUAAAUUUAGUUUCUCUGAAGUGGAGGCAGGCUGGUUUCAAAACCCUACACGCUUGAAGCUGAGGGUCUUUGGUUCUCUGGGCAGACAUUCGCUAGGAGUUCUGAAGUCCGAAGCUUUUGAAGUUUUGUGGGAAAUUUUGACCUAAGGGGAUUCCCGAGAUUUCUUCGUUUUUCUUGCGACUGAAAAGCAGAAAGGAAGCGAUGGCAACAAGUCUCAAUGCUCAGUUGCGGGUAAUCAAGUCCGUCGCACAAGUUUCUGAUUCCGAUUCCCGGAAGAGACCCAUUACUCGGCCUUCCAUUCUUUAUGACGCUCAAAAAGCUGCUGACAUUGAUAUUGAUACGAUAUACGAGAACGCAGUUACAGGUCUCGAAGGGCUUGUAUAUGUCGACGAGCGGUUUAGAAACUAUAGGAACGACUUGUUUAGCAUUAAAAGCAAAGAGUUGGACAGAGAACAGAUGAAUGAAGAGGAAAACAAGAACCUCAAUUCAUCCAUCGCUUCAUAUUUACGCUUGCUCUCGGGACAUCUCGAACUGGAAGUUGCCCGUAAGACGCUCGAGUACUUGAUUCGCAGAUACAAGAUUUAUGUGCACAACACAGAGGAUCUGAUUUUAUGUGCUUUGCCAUAUCAUGACACCCUUUGGUUUGUUAAACUGAUUCAGUUGGUUGAAACAAGAGAUGGUAAAUGGAAGUUUCUGGAAGGUGUUCAAAAAUCUGGCGCUCGUCUACCUAGAAGCUUCCUUGUGCAGCAAUGUUUGUGUGAUCUAGGAGUACUGGAGACCAUAUGUAUCUAUGCGUGUUCUUCAAAAAAUCCUGCAAAGCCUGUAAUCUGCUUUUGCACAGCAUUGGUUAUUGAAGCUUUGGGUUCCUCAACAGGCAUCAAUAACGAUGUUGUUAAGAGAAUCCUUCGGUUUGUUGAUUCUGGACUUCAGGCUGGUGGCAAUGUGCUGUCUGAUCACAAGGCUGGUUCCUUGAUGAUUGUUGGUCUGCUAGCCAGUAAAGUUGCUUUAUCUCCUAAACUUGUUAAUAAAUGGCUGCGGACAAUUGCUGGAAUAGCUCAGCAAGAUGCCAUGGAGCCUACUGAACUGCAGUGGGUGCGCUUGUCCAUGUUGACUUUAAUUAGCCUUGUGCAGACGCAGGCCAUUGAAAUGAUCCCAAGGAAUACAUUGCAGAUCUUGAAGGAAACUAGGGAUAUGCAUGUGAUUCUUGUGGAACUGUCUAAGGAGUGUAACAUAGACAGGUUCCUUGACCUGCUUUUGGAUUCUCUGAUUGAGUGCAGCUUACAUGAUGAGUCAUAUCAUCAUGCUUUAGCAUUCAUAAUAGAGAAAGUCCCUAUAAAGAAGUUUAUCAAUCGUAUGGUCUUGAGGAUUCUUUCACGUUGCCUGAAAGUUUCUGAAAGGAAUGUUGGCACAGAAGCAUCUGAUGCAGGGGGCUGGGCAAACAAAGUUCUCAUGGUUAUUCAUAAGAACUAUCCAGUUGAGUUUCAGCAAGCUGUUCGCAUGUUUUUGGAGGAUGGUAAAGUACAAGACAAGAAAAAUGACACAGUUCUUGAGAUUUUAAAUAAAAUAUUAGAAGGAAAUUUGGAUCUGCCAGCAGCUCUCUCAGAAUCGAAAAUCUUGUUCGGUUUGCAGCAUCCCAAGGCUGCUGUGCGACGUGCUACAUUGUCUAAUUUAGGCUCGGCUGGAAUUUUGAAAGUUGAGGGCGCUGAUUUGCAGAGGCUUGUUAACAUUAAGGAUGCUAUAUUUCGCCAGCUUCAUGAUGAUGACCUUACUGUAGUUCAAGCAGCUUUGUCUAUUGAGGGGUUGCCUGAGUUGCUUAGUUCUGCUGAUAUUCUCAAAGCCCUAGAUCAUGUGCUCAAAAGAUGUGUUAGGUCCCUGAAGUCUGGUGCAGCAGAUGAUAACACCUUGGCUUGUGAUGUUGCGUGUUCAUUCAUAAAAAAAGCCAUAUCUAGCUUCCAUGAUCAGAUAAAGAAUUUAGAGGAACUUGCUUCACUAUUAUUCCCUUUGCUUUUGAUAUCGCCCAAGACACAAACGCUGAAUUUAAGGGUCCUGAGAUUAGCAAAGGAAGUUGAAUGGCCUUUUUAUCAUAAUAUUCCGUAUAUUGAUUCUAAAGAGGUGAAACUGGAACGUGAGAGCAUAUCAUCUCUUAAUUUGAAGAUUGUUAGCAACUUGGGUGAAGCUAUUUCAAGCAAUAAUACUAAAUAUAUGCCAUGGGUUAUUAGAAACUGCAAGAACUCAGAUAAUUCAAGGACAUUGUCCUUCUUGAUUGUGAUGGAGGCACUUCUGAAGCCAAAAACUGGUAUGGAAAUUGAGGAUUUCUCAGCAAUGUUUGAAGCUUGCUUAUCUUUUCUGAGGGCUGAAUGGAUGGUGUUGGAGGCCAGUGGUUCCCUUCUUGAGUUUAAUGAAGAAAUGCUAUAUUGGGAUGGUAGAAUGUUCCUUGAUCAACUGUUUUCCAUUGGUGUCGAGGAACUAAAUACAAAGAUUCUGAUUUCUCUCUUCUGGAGAAUAUUAGAUGCACUUAUAUCUGUGUCUUCAUUGGAUAUUUUGUCGGGUGACAACAGGGAUGACUUGAAUAGGAAAUUUAAGAACCUGUUUGUAUUUUUUGCAACGACUGCGGCUAAAGAUGUUUUUAAGAAACAUCUUUGCCACCUUGUUACAAAUUGCAAGACAUCUCCUAUUGAUUUUCUGUCUGGGUUCUUGACAGAAGAAGAUGUUCCUCUUUCCGCUCAGUUGGAGAGUCUCCAUUGCUUUUCACUUCUUUGUGCUAAGCAGGAUGAUGGGUUGCCGUUGCAACUCCUGACAAACUCCCCCCUGCCCCUUGUUUCACUUUCUUCAGGAAACCAGGAUUUAAGAAUUGCUGCCAUGGCCUGCAUUGAAGCAUUGUCUGCUCUGUCUCGUCGUGUUGACUUCUUAAGCAAGAAAAAUGGGAACAAUUCCAAUUGGAUUAAGUUUGUUGAACUUUUGGACCUCAUUGUCCAGCAGAAAAGGCUCAUAUUGUCGGAUAAAAACUUCUUGCCAUCAUUCUUUACUUCAUUGCUUGGAUCAUCUUCUGGUGGUCUUCUAGUCCCACAAAAUGUUGAGCACAGAUUUAGUCAAUCAACAAAAGGGAAGAUUCUUGCCUUUAUACUGGGCUAUGGCCUUAAGCUACCGACAUAUGGCAAGGUGAUGAUUUUGUCUUUGCUCAAAGGUCUGGGCAGUAAGAUAAUACAGAUUAGAGAUUCUGAGGAAUUGUUGUCUCAACUUCUGAAGAGACGCAGACAAUAUUAUCUAGAGGGGAACCAGUCCUGCCAGAACUUUUGCGAAAGUGAACUUAAGAUCUUAUGCCUUCUGCUGGAGAUUUCUGCCACUGGAGCUACAUCAAACAAGAGUCAUCAUUGUGAAGAUUAUUUGUUGAGUGCUUUGCGGUUAGAUGGAAGCUCUUCAGAGGAAGCUGCAGUUCUACAACCUUGUAUCACUGUUUUGGACAGUAUAGAUUCCCAAUUUUACUCUGGCUUAACAUCUGAGAAACAGGAGCUUCUGUUCCGUGAGCUUUUGUUGUUGUUUAGACAUACCGAUGGCAGGGUACAAAAUGCAAGCAGAGAGGCUUUGCUGCGGUUAAAAAUUGCAUACUCUACAGUGGCCCUGACACUUAAUUUCAUCCAGAAGCGGGGAGGUACAAAAACUGGUUCAUCAUCUGCGAAGAAAAAAAAGAGGGAAGCAACGCCACACCAAGCUCCGGACUCAGAUCGUUAUCUCCUUUGUAACGAGGAAACCUUGUUAGCUUCACUAAGCUCCCUCCUUGACAUAUUGUUACUGAAGAAAGUUGUUGCCCAGAGGGAGUUUCUUUUAGGACCCCUCUUUCAGCUUCUGGAGAGGAUAUUUUUUGAUGGGGAGAUAGUAGCCCUUGGUGAGAAGUGGAUUGAGGCUUCAUCAGGCAUUUCCCAGACAAUGCCAAACACUAUUUUGUACAUUCAACAGACUUUGCUUAUAGUGCUUGAAGACAUUAUCUCGUCACUUGAAUGUGUUGUCCCACUGAAGGAUGACAUAUCAAAUAGAGUUGAUGUCGAGGUUCUGAUUAAGUGUGCCCAUUCUGCCAAAGAAGGUGUCACUCGGAACCAUGUAUUCUCACUGUUGUGUUCCAUUGCAAAUGUGAUGCCAGACAAGAUAGUACGCCAUGUAUUGGAUAUACUUGCAGUAAUUGGGGAGUCGACCGUUACACAGACAGACAGUCACUCUCAGCAUGUGUUUGAGCAACUUAUAUCUGCUAUUGUUCCCUGCUGGCUGGCCAAGACCGAGGACCCUGAAAAACUGCUUCAGAUUUUUAUGAAUGUGAUACCUGAGAUUGCUGAGUACCGGAGGCUGUCAGUUGUAGUGUACCUUUUGAGGGUGCUGGGAGAACAAAGUAGCUUGGCUUCCUUACUUCUACUUCUUUUCCAGUCCCUACUUUCUAGGAGGGUGCUCACUUCGCUUGGCAAUGAACAAGCAUUUGAUGCUAAGGGUUCUAUUUGGAGAGAAUGGGAAUAUACUUUUGCACUGCAGAUAGUUGAACAGUAUUCAAGCACCAUAUGGCUUCCGUCUCUUGUCAUACUUAUAAAGCGGAUAAGGGCAGAUGAUUCUGACCAAGAACUUCCAGUUAAGCUGCUUUUUGCAAUGGAGUUUAUUCUACACAAAUUGCAAGAUCCUGAAUUCACAUUGAGGCUUCAGUCAAGUGAGGGAUUUGGUAACAUUCAGGGAACUCUUCAAGAACUUAUGGAAGAUGUUGUAACUAUCUCACAACUUGUUGAUGCCAGAAGAAAGCAGUUCCGCUCUCCUGCUGCCAUGAGAAAAGUUUUAAAAGAAAGAGUGCAAGCUGUCUUGAGAACUAUUAGGACAGCAAUGACACCUUCAGCAUAUUUCAGUGGCAUGAUCAAUUUGCUGGGGAAUUCAGAUGAUAACGUACAGAAGCAGGCUCUGCGACUUCUAUGUGGGACUCUGAGGAACCAAGACUCUGAAAAGACAAAGCACAAGGGGAGAAAAACACUUGUAGGUUCCAGUUCGUGGGUUCAUAUGGACAAGGCAGCAGUUAAAUACUUUCAUAAAAUGUGUCUGCAGAUUGUUGGAAUGGUUGAUACUGGAGAGGAAGCAGAUCCAACUCUGCUGAUUGCUGCAGUUUCAACCCUUGAAGUCCUGGCCCAUAGCUUCCCCUCCAAUCCUUCUGUUUUUAGUGCGUGUCUCCCAUGUGUGACAAAAGCCAUUAGGUCGUCUAACUUGGCAAUGUCUUCUAGCUCACUCCGUACUACUGGUGCUUUAAUUGAGGUGCUUGGGCCAAAAGCUUUAAUCGAACUCCCUCACAUACUGGGAAACAUGAUGGAGAAAUGUCGUAAGGUUUCUUCAUCCACUUCUGAAGAGUCUUUUAUGCUUGCCAUCCUUAUUACAUUAGAGCAAGUGAUAGAUAAGCUUGGUGGGUUUCUAAAUCCGUACCUGGGUGACAUCCUGGAACUGUUGGUGAUUCACCCGAUGUACACAUCGUUAUCACAUGAAAAGCUGAAGCUGAGAGCUGAUUUAGUGCGAUCUCUACUCACCGAAAAGAUUCCUGUGAGAUUGGCUUUACCACCUUUACUAAAGAUACAGUCUGAUGCAGUGAAGUCUGGGGAUUGCAGUGUGUCUGCUGCAUUUGAAAUUCUUGCUAGACUGAUCCAGGCGAUGGAUAAAUCAUCUGUUCGUGGUUACCAUGAAAAGAUUUUUGACCUAUGCUUGUCUUGUUUGGAUCUUCGUCAUCAACACCCUGAUUCGAUUCAGCAUAUUGAUGCUGUUGAAAAAAGUGUCAUCAAUGCUACUGUUGCCCUGAGUAUGAAGUUGACAGAAACAAUGUUUAAGCCUCUGUUUAUAAGAAGCAUUGAAUGGGCAGAAUCGGGCGAUGAAGGUAGUGCUAGCACAACUGUGGAUAGGGCCAUAUCUUUCUAUGGUUUGGUCAACAAGCUGGCUGACAGUCAUCGGUCUCUUUUUGUUCCAUAUUUCAAGUACCUGCUUGAUGGCUGUAAUUCCCAUCUCACUAAACCACUAGGUGGGAAGGGUUCCACCCAAAAGAAAAAGAAAGCUAAGAUCCAGGUGGAUGGUACCAACGGUGAUGUUGAACUCUCACUCAAGAUUUGGCAUGUCAGGGCAUUGGUACUUUCAGCUCUACAUAAAUGCUUCCAGUAUGAUACGGGGAACCUCAAGUUUCUCGACUCCACUAGUUUCCAGACUCUUUUGAAAAGCAUUGCAUCACAAUUCGAUAAAGAGCCACCUACUCUACUGCAAAGUCAUCCAGAUGUACCAUCUCUCGAAGAAGUUGAUAACCUCUUGGUGGAAUCCCUUGGUCAAAUGGCCGUCAGUGCUCGAUCCGACCUCUUAUGGAAGCCUCUGAACCAUGAGGUACUUAUGCAAACCCGAACAGACAAGAUCCGCCCCAAAAUUCUCGGACUGAGGACCGUGAAGUACCUCCUCGAUAAUCUGAAAGAAGAAUACCUGGUUUUCGUGCCAGAGACGUUGCCGUUCUUUGGUGAAUUGUUGGAGGACGUGGACCUGUCUGUUAAAACUCUAGCACAGGAUGUUUUCAAGGAGAUGGAGACAGUCGGUGGUGAAAGCCUGGAGAACCACCUUGUUUUCUAAUCCUGUUUGAAACGGCCGAUUCAAGUAGCUCUGUAGUUUUGAGUGUUUUUUGGAGAAAGCGCAAAUGAGAAAAAAUCUUGAGAGGUCUUUUCGUUCGUUAAAGUGUACUGUAAACAGCUCAAGGUUUUUGUAAUGAUUUAGUACCAGUCAAUGGCGGGCUGUUUCUUCUUCUACUCUUACUAUAUCAACUGUGAGAUGUUCAACAGAAAUGUGUAUAAUCAUGGUUAAAUUUUAAGGGCUUAUCCGAGUUACUAAAGGAGAAUGUACAAAAAGAUAUGAAGUUGG